UUUCGGCUGCCGCUCCAUUCGCAAACAUGCCUCUCGCGAAGGACUUGUUGCACCCAACGCCAGAUGAGGAGAAGAGAACACACAAGAAGAAGCGUCUCGUACAAUGUCCCAACUCUUAUUUUAUGGAUGUCAAAUGCCCAGGCUGUUAUAAGAUCACUACAGUGUUCAGUCACGCACAGACAGUGGUCUUGUGUGUAGGAUGCUCUACAGUUCUGUGCCAGCCUACUGGAGGAAAGGCACGCCUCACAGAAGGAUGUUCGUUCAGGAGAAAGCAGCACUAGUCUCUCAUCAAUAUGCAAAGACAAGGGAGACCAUGGGAGGAGAGACAGGAUUGGCCACUCCACAGGGUUUUCAGUGACUCAGCCAUUAAUGAGGCCAUGUUUCUGAUCUAUAAUGUGGCAAUGGAGUUGAAAGCUAAGCCGAGAAGUGUACAAGAAAACCUGAAAUGAUUUCUAUGUGCUGUCUGAACACGAGCAUGCUGGAUUGAGGUUUAUAACUGCCAAACCUGUCUCUCUCUCUCAAAUUAAAUAAAGGUUCAUUUUUCAAUUA